AGUAAAGGAGAUGAACAUUGAGACUGUGGAGGACAAGAAAUCCACCAGCACAACAGAUAUCCCUUGGCAUUUCCUCAGGCUGCUAAUGGAGGCAAAUUCUAAUGCCAGAAAACAGGACACAUCUGAAAAUGGAACAUCGGAAGAUGAUUUUAAUUCUUCCUCUCAAAGUCCGAAUGCGACUGCAAUGUCUUUCCAUCCACUGGACCUUAUUUCUGCGAUCUUUGUGUGUGCAGACACUAUUCUGCAGCAGGAACUGAUUCUCCGAAUGUCCUUGUGCCAGUUUGCAUUUCCAAUCGUCAUGCUGAGUCCGGAAGGGAGACCAACUUUUCUUAUGCAUCCCAUGCGCUCCUUCGUGAGGAGAUACCGACCUCAGUCAAUGAGAGACAGGGCGGGAUACAUUGAGGAAUGUAUGGCCACAUCUAGUCUUCCAACGUUCGCUUUUGUUCGAUUUGGCAACUGCUCAUCAUCAAAAUCUAAACUGUUAAAUCAGGUUUUCAGCUCGCAACCCAAUCUGGAUUAUUUUGUCCAUUCUAAUAUGCGAUGUGGCGAUAUAAGCAGGAAGGUUUCAGACGGAAUGAUAGAAAUGAUCUGGUAUUUGCCAUCUGGCAGUAAGGAUAUUGACAUCAUUCCAGAGGCUGUGGCAGUCAUGAAUCUCCGAGGGGAUGCCCAAAACUUUCCGGAACACGUCCAGUUCCUGAGUAAAGUUGCCACCACUCUGUUUGUUUUCAUUGAGCAUUUGAACGAACAAGCCGAAACAUUUCUGUUUUCCAAUCCUCAGAUUCAACAGAAACGGUUUUUAAUUAUUAAUUCCAAGGUGGGACAAAUAUAUCUCCACUUAGAAAGGUUGGUUGAAGCGAAAUUAAUAGCAAAAGAUCAUAUUUUAACAAAAUACCGAAAAAACAAAGAAGACUUUCUACAAAGUAUUCGAUCCAAAUUAAUAGAGAUUCUGAGAAAGGGGGCAGAAGUGAAAGAGAAGGCACUGAGUUUGCAAGCAAUGCUCCCAGCAGCGAGGGCCAGUAAGUUUCUGAUCGAUGAAGACAACAACGUGAUUUCAGAAGCUUGGGGAAAAUCCGAAAGAAUUCUUCAAGAAAUUGUGAGCGAAGGCAUUAAAAUGAUCCGAGAGAGAGAAUUGUAUUUCCAAGGAGAUACUUGGGAAAAGAUUUCAGGCAUCGAUAAGGAAAUGUGUCAGUUAAAGAGUCUCAGUGAUGCUAAUGUUUCAGAUUAUGUCAGUCAGCUGCAGAGAGAGAGAGAAGAUCUUUGUCGGGCACUUGCAUGUCGUGGGAUGUCGAAUCUGAUGAGGCAAAUAAUCGUUGGGCUCCAGACAAUGGGAAACCAAAGGAAACUUUUCCUAAAUUGCCUAAGAAAUGCAUUGGAGUCAAACUCAGUCACAGUGUCUCAUAGUAACAUAAUGUUAAACCUGGAGACUGAGGAGCAAGUGGAGAGUCAAAGUAUUCAGGAACAAUUGACUGAACACAAUAAGAACCUGCUGGACAAAUCCCAGAGCUUGGGAUUGGAACAUUUCCUCCGGGAAAUGGGACUCAUCUAUGAGGUGUUUCAGAUCCAGCCAAGUGUUCCUUCAGAUAUCAAACAGUUUCCAUCACUGGCAGCUGAUAUGAUGUUGGAGGGUUUCCCAAUUGAGCUCAUGGAUGGAGAUGUUUCCAAUAUCCCCAUGGAAUGGGUCACUAGCGUGUUAACGGAAGUUGACAAGAAAGUUAAGCCUUGCCGCAUUUUUGUUCUUUCAGUGUUGGGAUUACAAAGCACAGGCAAGUCCACUCUGUUGAAUGGAAUGUUUGGCUGUCAGUUUGCAGUGGGCUGUGGUAGAUGCACCUCUGGGGUCUACAUGCAGCUCAUUAGGACAACUGGAACAAUGAAGGAGAAAGCCUGCGAC